GUGUUUGGUCUGCUGGUAUGGAUUCUGAUAGCAGGGACGGAGUACUUCCGUGUGUCUGCCUUUGGGUGGGUCAUGUUUGUGGCCAUCUUGUACUGGGUUCUGACGGUCAUCUUCCUCAUCAUCUACCUGACCAUGGCUUACAACAGGAUCCCUCAGGUCCCCUGGACAACUGUGGGUCUGUUCUUCAACAGUAGUGCUACAGUGAUGUAUGUGGUGUUAGCAGCAGUGGACGCAGCCUCAAUCAGCCAUGCUGUUAAGGGACGCCAUAACUACAACUGCUGGGUAGCAUCCACAUUCUUUGCCUUCCUGGUCACACUCUGCUAUGCAGGAAGUACAUAUUUAAGUUUUAAAUUCUGGCGCUCGAGGGAUGAGGAACAAUGACCAAUCACAAAGGACAGCUAAAGUAUAUCCGUUAUGGAACACAGGAAGGAUCUUGAAAAGUACACAUGGUUAAGUGUAAUAACCACUCCUUCCCUUUGGAACACAUUUCUCUUUUAUUUGAUUCGGUUA